UUCGAACGUCUGAUUCAAAUUCGAACUAUUAGAAUUAUUAAAUUCUAAGUAUGUUUUAUGAAAUUUGUGAAACAAAUAUAAUUUCUGUUUUAAGACAAUGCUUUGAUUGAAAAAUAAUUAACUUUUGUUUUCAAGAAUGGCUAUUCCUGGAUUAUCAUUUCCUUUUCCUACUCAGACGGAUAACUCGUCUGAUUUAGAAGACAUUGUACUUACAGGAUUUGAUCUCAAACGAUUUGUAGUUCCAGAUUUUCAUAGGUAUGGAAAAUGUCGUCCUGUCACAGAUUUUCACAAGAUCUGUAAAUUUGGCGAAGGAACGUUUGGCACUGUGUAUAAAGUAAAAGAUAAACGAACUGAUGAAGUAGUCGCUCUGAAAAAACUCAAGAUUCAUAAAGAAAGUGAAUGCAUGCCUUUAAAUUUUACAAGAGAAAUUAUUAUUUUAAAAGAACUGAAGCAUAAGAAUAUAGUGAAUUUACAUGGUGUUGCUGUUGGAAAAAGUAUUGAAAGCACAUACCUGAUUUUAGAGUACUGUUCCUUUGUUUUAUCAAAUGUAAUUGAUGAGGUUGAUACCGCAUCUCUUCUUGAACCUCAGAUAAAAUGCAUCAUGUCUCAAUUAUUCAAGGGCUUAGACUACAUUCAUAAACAUUUUGUCAUACACAGGGACUUGAACCCAACAAAUAUAUUGUUCACACAAGGUGGUAUUCUAAAAAUCUCUGAUUUUGGAUGCUCUUGUAAGGCAUCUUCUGGCGAUCUCAGUCCUCAUGUUGUCUCCAGAUGGUACAGACCACCAGAAAUAUUGUUUGGGUCCACAAAGUACACAUAUACUGUGGAUAUAUGGUCCUCUGGUUGUGUCUUCUCUGAGCUUCUUUUAAGAAAUGCAUUAUUUCGAGGUGACUCUGACACUGAUGUGAUCAGAAAAAUUGUUGACUGUCUAGGCACACCUACUGAAGAUACUUGGCCUGGAUUCACAGAAUUGCCACUUUUAAAAGAUUAUGACAUUUAUCUUCAACCUGUGAAUAGGCUUAGAUCAUUUUUUGAAAAGCAAACUAUAAUUUGCCAUUCGCUUCUUGAGAGAAUAUUCUUCUACAACCCUGAAACUAGAUACUCAGCAGAACAAUGCAUGAAUCAUGAGUAUUUUUUAGAAAAACCUUUGGCUUGUGCACCAGAUUUGCUACUCCCUAUACUGAUUGAUGAUUUGAGUUCCUUUAAGCAUUAUAAGCCCAUUGAUGGUUUAUCAUACACUGCAGAAGCAUAUAUGUAAAUGUCUUGUGUUUUGUGUCACUGACUGACGUCACUUUUGUGUGACUACAUUCUGAUGUAAAUAUGGAUGUUUUGUACCAAAUGUUCUAAAAAUAAACUUGUACAGAGUUUGUACAGA